AUGACGACCCCUCUCGUCUGGAGAGCAUCGCCCGUGUCCAUGUCAAGACACAACAUGCAGUACGCCGGCUUCUUCACCGCCUUUGUGAUCCCAUUGGGUUUGUUCAUGUGGGGUGUUCGUGACCCUGCAAGUGUUGCUGAAGCAAGGAAGAGAGCGGAACGAUGGCGGGCCUCGAGAUCAUAA